GUUGCGUUUGAGAAAUGGUUGCGGACUAUUGUGUUUUAUGUUGAUGUACUACUUGUAAUUCGUAAGAAAGGUGUUAGUUUUCUUGGAGCAUAGGGUUAUAUAGUUUAAAAGCUAAGUUGCAUUUAUUAGCUAGGUGAUUAUGCCUAAAAAGAACAAACCGAACAGGAGCUGGGGCAGCGAUGGAGGAAUUCGUGAUCCAGGCAAAUAUUAUUUCGAACAUGAUGACCGUGUUAUGGAUCCUCCAAGAAGGGUGUCUUUCAAGCCCCCCAACCGCUCAAAAAGGCGAAACAAGAGCUGGGAGUUGCUGCGAUCUGUUAUGGAUGACGAUGUUGAUAUGUCAGGUGCAAGCACCAGCGGAUCAAGAUCUUAUGAUCGCUUCAAUCCAUACAGCGGAAGGGGGGGACGCUCACACAGCAGUGGCAGUGGAAGGGUCAGAAGAUCAGGUCGCAAUUCACCUUCAUCAAAUGCCUCUGGCCAUAGGCGGAAGUUAGUUCCCAACAGUUGUACUUGGUACAAAGUUGUGCUACCACAUGGAGGUAAAUACUCAAAGGAGUACAUCCUGAAGACACUAGCAAAUUAUGUUGCUCCUCUCGUGUUCAGUCCCCUGUCGUACAAGAUCAGUGGAAAUGAAUCGUAUUUUUAUGUCGAUGAUUAUGAUGCUGCAAAUGAGUUACUCAAUGCAGACAGGCGGAUUACACUGACUGAUGGGUUCAAGCUAAAUGUGAUUGUAAGACCAGCAGUGCCCAACAUUCAGCUAACAGACGGUGUUAAGGACCUUCUAAAGCAAGUCAUGGCAAAGCGGUUCAACCCAAUUACCAAAGCUCUGGACCUAUCGAAACUCCGUGAUGAUCCAGAUAUGAUGGAACACGCACUCCCUAUCCAACGGCCUGCUGUAUUAUCUGCUAUGCUGGAUCUAGUUGCCGAGAACAUUUCUGAACUGGCAGCCCUGAACUUGUCUGACAACAGGCUGGGUGGAAUCGACCUUUUGGGAGUUGUGGCACGCCGCUUGCCAUCUUUGACUGUGCUACACAUUGGGAACAACAAGAUCCGUAAUAUCAUUGAGCUGGAUGCACUUAAGGGAUUGCGCCUAGUGGAACUAGUCCUUGAGGGUAAUCCUGUGUGUCGACGCUAUGAGGAUAGAAGUUCCUAUGUAAGUGAAGUCAGGAAGAGGUUUCCAAAAGUGUUAAAACUGGACGGGACGGAGCUACCGCCACCGAUUCUCUUUGACGUUCAGGAUGAAGAGGCCAAGAUUCCCCUUGCAAAAGCACAUUUUGCAUGCUCUGAACAAGGUCGUACACUCGUGCAGGCGUUCUUAGAGCAGUAUUACGGUGUAUACGACUCAGAAUCUCGCCUGCCAUUGGCUGAUGCUUACCAUGAGGAGGCACUCUUCUCAUUGUCAGCUGUGUAUCCACCAGGACAGAGUACCAGCCAUAGCCGGUUGAAUGUGUACCUUGGAAACAAUCGCAACCUGAUGCGUGUAACAGAAACAGACCGCCGGCGAAAAUUGCUGCGACGCGGACGUCAUGUGGUGGUCACUGCUCUGGCGGAUCUUCCUCGAACAGAACAUGACCCGCAGUCCUUCACAUUUGACCUUCUAAUUUUCUCACCACAGCUAAUGGUCGUGGCUGUCAGUGGUAUGUUCCGGGAGCCAGGUGGUUCAAAACCAUUCCCCAUUCGCUCAUUUAGCCGCGUAAUGGUCAUAGUACCUCAUGGAGUUGGCAUGUGCAUCACCAAUGAUGAGCUUCUUAUCACAAAUCCCACAGCAGACCAGCUGAAGGUUGCAUUCCAGCCUCCGAAACCUGUUGAGACACCAAUUACAUCUCCAGCUGGCCCAUCUCAGCUUGUUGCUGCCACGCCACCCUCUGCUGCCAUCGCUACUGCAGUAUCACCUAUAGCGAUGGCAGAUGAAGCCGUCAAACAGCAGAUUGUUGAAGCUCUGGCUCAGCAAACGGGCAUGAACCUUCUCUGGUCAAAAAAAUGCCUGGAUGACACAAAUUGGGACCCUCAAACAGCACUGAAUGCCUUCACAGAGCUCAGUAGUAAAGGCUUAGUUCCUGCCGAGGCAUUUGUGAAAUAGCCAUUUUGAUAUUCAGUCUUAAUAACAGUUUGAGAAUGUCAACAUUCCACUCGCAUGUUGCCUGUUGUGGUUGUGACAGCAGUGAAUUUUCUUCAUUAUGAAGCUCUGGUGUUCAUCCUAGAGUGAAUUUUGGUGAAGCCUUUACUAAGGCCGUAUUGAAAUUUUUUAUAAGUGUGAGAAAGAUGUAACAAUGUCCGUUUCACUAUUUUUGUAAUGUGAUUUGCUUCAGAUGCCAAUCACUGUGCUGUUGCAUGAUUCUGUAAAUCACGACAUCUUUAUAAAUUUCUCAUUCUUGUAAGAUAUUAAGGAAAACAUUCUGGAAUAGCAAUGACAACAAAAAAUUUUUCAGUUAUGCCACAUAAUGUUUCAGAACAGAAAUAUGAUUUUUUUACAUAUUUGAAUAUAUUUUUACAUACUAAGUAUGUGUUGUACAUAUACAUACCAUAGUUGUUAAGUUAUGUAUGUCUUGAAAUGCUGUAGUUGUAAGCAAAUUCAUAAAAAAAAAAAAGCUGCAUCAUUUCCAUAUCUGAUACUUGCUUUUAUGCGCAA